CAGCUGGAGAGUGCCAAAAGCAAACCGAGCACGUUUGUUAACGUACGACCCUCAUUGCUACCGUCUCUCUCCCUCUGGUCCAAGCGCCCACGAUCUCCGCCCGUCUCGAAGGUCCUCAGGUACUCCCCGUUGUCAUCCAUAGCACGGAGCUCUGUGGAUCAACACGGCACCAAUCCGGUCGCCUUCACCUCCUUGCCAGGUUCCCCACCGCCAACAGUGCGCAACCUGGCAAGCGUCUUUCCCGGCGCAGAGCGGCUUAUCCCGCAGAUUAUAUACCGGCCCACUCAAACAGAGCAGCCAGACGAAGAUGAUGCCGUAUCGGGACCUCCAAUCAUGUUCUACGUCCGUGGUCCUCAGGGCUGCGGGAUCAACUGCUCAGAUGCACUCGACGAACAGUUCGCCGAGCUGCAAGGCCCAAAUGAUGUAAUCCAGUGUCCUCCGGCUGUAGUCCUGCGAGUACUGUGGCCCGAUCAUGAGCCGUGGUCGGCCUCGGUCCAUCUUAACCCGUCCCCAACGCGGGCGCAGUUGGCGAAGCUUGUAAGCUUCCACGCGCAGACGUUUGUCGCCGAAACAUGGGCGAAACCUGUAACGACGGACACGCGCUGGAAGCUCGGGCCCGGCGCCCUCACCGUGCCCGACCUCGAGCUGGUCGGGUUGCAGCCUGUGACCUCGCAAGACUGGCAGGUCCACUUCCGUGUGCAACAGGUGACGGGAUAGCCGACAGUCCCGACUGCACAGGUUCCCGCUCGGAAUUUUCGUGUUGUCUAGGUAUUUUUAUCUUUAUUAUACACGCGUCAUGACG